AUGCUGGUAGCGGCGACGGAGAGCGAUACAGCUGCGGCGGCUGUAAGAGGAUGCGACGUUGAGGAUAUUUUACUUGGAGAUGGUAGUGCAGCGGACUUUACAGAGAGCGAAGCGUCGGUACUUGCGAGGAAACUGGUAGAAGAAGAUGUUCUUCAGCCGUUUUGUUGCUUGUGUAGCUUUGUGUAUCGAGCGAAUCGGGUGUAUCGUGUCAACAAGGACCAUUGUUUAGUAAAGGAAGCUCAAAUGGUGUAUAUUGAUUGUUUACUUGAUGACGAAAGCCACCAGGAUGAAAUUCAACGUUGUCGUGGUCAUCUGCUGUGGUUACAUGACAGUGCGUUCCAGCAAUUGUUAACGCAAUUUGACCGACGCGAAGAUGCUGAUGACGAAGGGAUAUCAGGGAUGGAUGGCGUCCAAGCACUGCUGAGAUUUGGAGCCAGUGACGUCAGCUCUGGAAUAUCGUUUCAAAUGAACUCAAUGGCUAGAUACAAGAAAGUGUGCGUCGGAACAUCACUUGAUAAAGUCGAUAGCUACAGCGAUGCAAAACGCCAUGCGGUUGUCUCCAGUGAACGAGCAGCACAAGCUCAAAGGGAAGUACGUGAGACUUUUCAACCUCUUCUCCUAUUGCUGGUGCUACUGGACGCACUCGUCACCACAGAUUGUUAUUGUGGCUCACUUUGA